CCAGAUUUUGCUUUACUCACUAUGAAGUCAACAGUCAUUGUAACCUUCUUUGGUCUGUUUCUUAUAUGUACAUAUGCAGCUAAGGAAGCCACAAAGAAGGCAAAAAAGGCUAAGCUAUAUGUACCCCAGAUCGAUUGCGAUGUCAAGGCGGGGAAGAUAAUCAAUCCAGAAUUCAUUGCAAAAUGCCCUCCUGGAUGUCAAGAUGUAAAAUACCGUGUUUAUGGCACAGACAUUUAUGCUUCAUUUUCCAGUGUGUGCAAUGCUGCAAUUCACAGUGGUGUAAUCGACAACGCAGGAGGUAAGAUUCUCGUUCAAAAAGUCGCCGGCCACUCCGGUUACCGUGGGAGCUUCUCCAAUGGGGUCCGGUCCCUGUCACUGCCGCGCUGGAGGGAGUCCUUCCUUGUGUCAGAGGGCAAGCCAAGAAAAGGUGUGACAUAUCCAUCAACUCUUGAAUAUUCUUCUUCAAAAAGCACAGUUGUUAAAUCAGAGUCUAAAAAGCCAGAACAAGACCUAAAAGCUACAAAGACUGCAGAUACAACUAAUGCAUCAGAAAAGGCAUCAGAACAAGGGGAUGCAGUCCACACAGAGCAUCAGAUGUCUCCGGUGCCAAAACCAGCUACACAAAUGGCCAUUACAACCCCAGCACCAACGACCACAACGAUGGAUCCUUCUACUAGAGCACCAAAACCAACCACAAUACCUGCAAUAUUCAAAACCACAAUUGCAGCUGCAGCCAAGCUGAGACCUGGAUUGCACAGGGUCAGAGAUAUAGGUUCUAGCAGUGUCCAUCCAGCAUACUCAUCUGUGGUAGCUGCAGCAUCAAGACAGGUUCAAACUGUACAAGGAAGAGAACAGAAUACAGCAUUCAGGGGCACUUCCACCUUUGCAAGUAACAGGAACAUUUUACGACCGAAUACAGGUAUUCAGCGCCAAGAGCCUGUUGCCACCUUCCAGAGAGCUGCUGGCUCUCCAGCCCACCUGGCAAUGGAAACAGACUUAUGGAAACCUGAAUUGAGCUUUUUUGACACAGGCUUCAGUUCAAAGGAAGAAUUGAAUACGAAGCCACUGGAGUCCAUCUCCCAGGGGAACCCAAAUUGCAAGAUUGAUUUGUCCUUUUUGAUUGAUGGCAGCUGGAGCAUUGGUAAACGCCGCUUUCAGCUCCAGAAGCAGUUCCUCAGCAACGUAGUACAAGCCCUCGGCAUUGGCAGCGUUGGUCCUCUGAUGGGCGUUGUUCAGUAUGGCAAUGACCCUUCCACAGAAUUUAACUUACAAACUUACACCAACUCCAAGGACCUAAGAGAUGCCAUUGAGAAAAUCCCACAAAAAGGUGGACUUUCCAAUGUUGGGAAGGCACUUUCAUUUGUUAAUAAAAGCUUCUUUUUGGAUGCUAAUGGAAAUAGACGUGGAGCACCCAACGUGGUCGUAGUGAUGGUGGAUGGUUGGCCAACUGACAGAGUGGAGGAGGCCUCCAGGCUGGCCAGAGAAUCAGGCAUCAACAUUUUUUUUGUCACUAUUGAAGCAGCUGCUGAAAGUGAGAAGCAGAAUGUUAUCGAACCAAAGUUUGUGGACAAGGCAGUGUGCAGGACAAAUGGUUUCUAUGCCAUCAAUGUGCCCAGCUGGUUCAGCCUACACAAGGUGGUGCAACCCCUAGUGAAGCGGGUCUGUGACAUCGAGCGGCUGGUUUGCAGCAAGACGUGCCUCAACUCCGCUGACAUCGGCUUCGUCAUCGACGGCUCCAGCAGUGUUGGCACCAGCAACUUCCGCACAGUCCUCCAGUUUGUAGCCAACAUCAGCAAGGAAUUUGAGAUUUCAGACACGGACACCCGCAUUGGAGCUGUUCAGUACACCUAUGAGCAAAGGCUGGAGUUCAGCUUUGACAAGUACAGCACAAAGCAGGACGUGCUGAGUGCUAUUAAAAGGAUCAGUUACUGGAGCGGUGGGACCAGCACAGGAGCAGCAAUCAGCUACGCCUCAGAGCAGCUAUUUAGCAAAUCCAAACCCAACAAAAGAAAGAUCAUGAUUCUCAUUACAGAUGGCAGGUCUUACGAUGAUGUCAGAGCACCAGCCAUGGCAGCUCACCAAAACGGAGUUAUAACUUACUCUGUUGGCGUUGCUUGGGCAGCCCAAGAUGAACUGGAAGCCAUUGCGACAGACCCUGAUCAGGAGCAUUCCUUUUUCGUGGAUGAAUUUGACAACCUCUACCGCUUUGUUAAUCAGCUCAUCCAAAACAUUUGCAUAGAAUUUAAUUCCCAGCCACGAAACUGA